CAAACUGAGACUAUCAAUUAUAGCUGAAAUUCUCCAACCUGAGCAACAGCAUAAUGAAUCUUUUUCUGGACACUCUCCAACACCGUCAAAUCCUUCCUAUAGAGUGGCUGCAUAAUAUUGCAAAGGUGACCAAACCAAUCGUUUCUAAUUUUCUUCCACAAAGUUCCUGCAGUUAUCUGCCUAGCGAAGACAAAUAUUCUGUAUGCCUCCUUCAACACUUACUCCUUCUUUUGAAAAUCAUUUUCAGAUGUCACAGUCUAGGAAUAAAAUGUCUACUGUAGUCUAUAAUCUAGUUAGACGGACAAACAGGCAGACUGAUGAAUCGAGAUUCAAAUGAAGCCGAACUGAAAGAUAGAGUCAGAGACGUGUAUGAAAAAACAGACAGGCUGAUAAAUGGUUAAAUGUAGAUAGACGGCUGGAUAGCUGGAUGGAUAAAAAAGAUAAGAUGGAAAGAUAGAUAAAUAGAUAGCAAUUAUACAUAUCUAUUAUUGGCCUUAUAGAUUUUAAAAAGAUGUUUUAGCCAAUCGUGUACUCAGCAGCUAAUUAUGUCUAUGCAUAAAGCACGGAGAAGUACAGGGCGAGUUGUGCAUGUUAUUGCGAUGGUGGAUCAACCAUGUUGUAUUGACUGGUAAAACCGGCUCAGAGGGCCAGACGAGCGACUCUUGUCCAUAUGUUUUCAUUUCUUCGUUCGGUGCACAAUUCCCUUCCAAAGCGUGAAGUGUGAGCAUCAUGUAAAUGUGCACAGUAUCCCACGGGCCGCACGCCACAAUUGAUCGUAGAGAUUUUGAAUGGAUGUGUCACACUGUGUGGAGAGUGACUUCAAAAUAAUAUUUGGACCUGGAACUGGACUGACUGUAACUCCAAACCGGCAUGAGACACCGACGCCGUCCGUCUAUUAUCUCCGACCCUCUCCGCCGAACGCCGGCGACGUACCGGUAUCGGCUGCCUGCCUUGCCGCUGACUACUUCCCCAAUAAUUACUCCCUCGAAUUGUCGGUAGGCAGCGAUAGCCAGCAGAGAAAUCCAAAAGAUUCUCACUUGUCCAUCGAGGACAGAAGUUACAGCCUACUGGCUUUUCUGACUGCGCCAUGGUCCAGUGUGAAGAAUGAAAUGAAAUGCCUACUCAACAAUACCAACUACUCAGACGAUGAUAUCCAGGCGGGUUGCGUUGAAUUUGACAAUGAUACAGACGAAAAAGAAGUACGAGAGCUCUCACUCACAGUCUUCGGAUUGAGGAUUCUGUUCUUCAAAAGCGUUAUCUUCAACAUCUUGAUGACUGCUCGUGCUUGGAUAUAAUAAGAUGGAGACAGAACCAGGGACCUGUCAUCUACCUGGAACCCCGGCGUGCAGCCAAACCGGAGCCAGGAGUGGUGGACUUGCUGAAAAAUGUUUAAAGCGAUCCAAAUCCAGAGGCAGUAACUCCGCUGUAAUCGACAGAAGUUUCCUGCUGUUGUAAAUGCCUGACGUAUAUCGCCUUUCCUUUGCAACCUCAACAUCUUGUAAAAUAAAACCCUUUCUCCUGCAUUUACGUAUACAAUAUAUUAUACUGUUCGCUCCUGUGAGAUUUAGAUUUUAUCAGCUUUGCAUCAUUUUCUUACCUCUAUAUAAACGGCUUUGCAUUAUGAAUAUCCCUUACCCUGAGAGUGCUUACAAGGUAGGAGGUUGUUCGGCCCAUUGAGUCCGUGCCGACUCCCAGAGAACUCUUCCUGAUUCGUGCUCCUUUCCCCGACCCUGCCAAUUCUUUUCUUGUUCCUUUCAUUCGCUUUCAGUGCCCCUCAUGACCCUUCUGCUAGCAACAGUACCCUCUCCUCCUUCGCAGUUUGAACCCGCUUCCAUUGAAUCUCCUCUUUCACUCCGCUGAGAAGAGUGGUUCCCGCCCCGGGGAACAUCCCACAUCCCCGGCGCGGGCUCCCAGUAAAUUUGGGGGUGGACCGGUCCUUAGAUGGACGUGCCUGUAUAAAAAAUCCAACGUCUGAAGUUCAAAUUGCACGACUACCGUCUGAAGAAUUCAAAUUCAAGAAAUAAUCUGAAAUUUGGGAAGGGGGAUUUUUUCCACAUAUAUUCAGUUUAAAACCAGUCAACUGUGAUGUUAAAAUCCCUGUCUGUGAUGGAAAAAAUUCCUCCUCGUGGACGCAGAAUGGGCCCACAUAUUGAGUCCAGAUCCUACCACAGCCCGCUAACUCUCUCAGCCAGCCUAGUUGCUCAUCCAGUUAUCACCAUGACCAAUAAAAUGGACUUGAUAACCUUGACACAAGGGUAAAGAACGUCGCCCCUUCCCCCAUCCCCUUAAGCUUCCCUGGCACAGAGGGCAGACCAUGAGGGAAGUCAAGCUAUUAUGGAAUAUAAGCUCUCUCUACCCAAUCAUUUUCUUGGCGAACUUAUGUAAAUAUUUCAAGAGUUUUGUAAAUGGUAACAAAUGAAAAAAUAGCUCUCGCUCAUUGCCUAAGCCAAACAAUACAGAUAUCAUGUCGGUUUCAAUUGAAGUGUGACUUUCCAAACCGUUCCGUC